AUGCGCUGUCUGAGACAGACACAGCAGCAGCAGCAGCAGCAGCAGCAGCAGCAGCAGAGCGACGCCGCAAUCUAUUGCUUAUCUAGCGCUUAUGCUGUAUUGAGAGAAGCAGCAAAAUAUAAAUUAAAAUAUAUUGCUUCAUCACCAGCUGUCUCCUCUUCUGCUGCAGGAGACAGACACACCAGCACCAGCAGCAGCAGCAGCAGCAGCAGCAGCAGCAGCAGCAGAGCGACGCCGCAAUCUAUUGCUUAUCUAGCGCAUGCAGUUGCUGCAGCAAAAGCAGCAGACAAGGAUUUCUGCCGUUUGAUAGAAAGACAAGCGGUGCUGCUGCUGCAGCAGCAGCAGCAGCAGCAACCGCAGCAGCAACAGCAGCAGCAGCAGCAGCAGCAGAAGCAAAAGCAGCAGCAGCAGCAGCAGCAGCAACGACCGCAGCAGUUUUCUUCUUUUUCUCUGUCUCUCCUCGCACGAGCAGCUGUCUCCUUGCAGCUAAAGAGUAAACCCUUUUGGUUGCUGCUGCAGCAGCAGGCAGCAGCAAGGGCCCCCCACAUGCCUAUCGAUUGUCUCCUUUGUCUCCUUUCUUCUGUAUCUAGGGGGGCCCCCCCUGCUGCUGUCUCUGAUUUGUUUAUUCGUGCUGCUGUGCUGCAGCUGCGGGUAAACAUUGUCUCUCUUUCUGCUGUCUCUCUGUCUCCUUUUGUUGCUGCGCUGCAGCAGCUGCGGUGGCGAGACACCAGGCUGCUGCAGCAGCUGAGCAGGUUGCUGCUGCAGCACAUCAGCAGCACCAGCAGCAGCAACAGCAGCAGCAGCAGCAGCAGCAGCAGGGGAGAACUGUCUCCUUUUUCUUUGUGUUCUCUUUUUCUGGGUUUUGUUUCUCUUUCUUUUAGGGAGUUUCAGGUGUAUAGGCAGCUCGGAAAAGAAAUAUAUAAACGCAUGCACGAGCUCAAGCAGCAGCAAGCAGCAAACGUUAUUUAUGCUGUUAUGCUUAUACACCACCAACUUAUUAUAAUACCCCACCAGCAGCAGCAGCAGCAGCAGCAGCAGCAGCAGCAGCAGCAGCAGCAGCAGGUGCUGCUGCAGCAGCAGCAGACAGAGGAGGAAGACGAGGAUAUAACAGCAGCUCUAAGUCUACGACAAGAACAGCAGCAGCAGCAGCAGCAGCAGCAGCAGCAGCAGCAGCAGCAGCAGCAGGAGGAGCAGCAGCAGGAGCUGCUGCAGCACGGGGAGAGUGACAUUCGAGUGUUUGAUGCCACACAACUCCUUAAAGAAGCAAAGCUAAAGCAGCAGCAGAAGCAGCAGCAACAGCUGCUGCUGCAGCAGCAGCAGCAGCAGCAGCGGGAAGAGGAGGAGGAGAAGAAGGAACAGCAGCAGCUGCUGCUGCUGCAGUAG